UCGCUGUUUUGCUGCUUGCCCGAAAAAAAGCCGUAAAAACGCUGAAGCCAGUUUUCUGGAUUGCUUAACAUUGUACGGAAAUGGCGGAUGACUUACAAAACUACAAAUUACAGCUACAGCAGGUGGAAGCUGCUCUGCUUACCGAUCCGGAGAAUGCGGAACUUCUCAAGCUGAAGGAGGAUCUGGACGAGGUGAUCGAACUGACGAAGGAUCUCAUUAAGGCGCAGCAGGAACCGGAGCAGAAAAAGUCGGCAUACAUCGAGCCAGCAACCAGCAGCUACUACGACGGUGUGUCGGGCGCGGAUAAGAAGCAAACAAAACCGGCGAAGGUAUGGAAGGUUGGCGAUAAAUGUUCUGCUAAGUGGAUUGAAGACGGUCAGUACUAUGAUGCUACCAUAGAAUCAAUUUCGGAUACCGGAGAGGUGAGCAUAGUGUUUGAGGCAUAUCAGAAUCGAAGCAACACCACCAUCAGCGAGCUGAAGGAACCAAAGACUCGGAACGAGGUGUUCCCCGCCAACAGUAACAAGCGUAUGCGGCAUAAUCAGAAAGAAUAUUUGAAGAAAAAGAAGAUGAAAAAGGUUCAACGAUUUAAGGAGCUCGAGGAGGAACGCGAAUGCGAAAAGAACAAAUGGUUGCAGUUCUCCGCCAAGUCGACGAAGAAAUCGGGCGUAAAAGCAAAGAGCAUUUUUGCUUCUCCCGAAAAUGUGAACGGGCGGGUUGGCAUUGGAACAUGUGGCGUAUCCGGGAAACCGAUGACGGAAUUCUCGCACGGAGAGAAAUACCGGAAAGGUGUAUGAAUCUGCAUCGAACAAACGAUUGGCAUUGCUACUUUGUUUUAUUGGGCUAUGUAUUUCGAUUGCCAUUAGCAGCAAGCUAUUGGAUUCCCCCGGUCAUUCAGGUAUUUUUAAUUAUGGUCCCAAAGACCGCGUAGCUGUUGUCGCGAGUAAAGGCACAGUUAAUCCUG